AUGACUUUGUCUUCCUUUUCUGAAAAUUAUUUUUUUAAUAGUUGAGUUACAAGACUAUAUAAUAAAGAAGAAAACAGCAACGUUUUGAAUGUUUAUAAAAGCAUUUUCAUUUUCUUGUAUUUGACAAUAGCUGAAGCUGUUCAUAAAAAAAAAAAAAGACAAUAGCUGAAGCUGAACCAAAGAAAAAGAAAAGAAUCCCUAUAGUGCAAAGCAGUUUUAGACAUUAAUGCUCUCUCUCUCUCUCUCUCUAAAACCGACAUUUUAGAACACCCUUUAGACCAUUCUAUAACAUACGCAUCUUUCUUUUAAUCAUCUAUCCAAAGAGAUGACAAAGAGCACAACUUCUAAAGACCAAGAAGGCACGAUGACUCACUUGGAUAUCUUCAAGAAAUUUAAGCGCUUGAACCCUCUUGAGCCUUCACUAGCCAUUCUUGGCUUCUUUCUGGUCACCCUUCUCUUCAUUAGUUGCUUCUAUUACUUGGAUUACCACACUGUUGCUAGAGGAAUCCCCUGGCUUAAUUUGUAUGGUCCAUUAUCUUCUUCUACAUCAGCAGCAGCAGCAGCAGCAGCCAAUUUGAGUGUAAGUCUGGAUUUUCUUGAUGAAGCUGGUGAUGUCUGUGAUAUCUUUGAUGGGAAUUGGGUUUGGGAUGAGAGCUAUCCACUCUAUCAGUCCCAGGAUUGUCCUUUCUUGGAUGGAGGUUUUAGGUGCACUGAGAAUGGUAGGCCUGAUAGUUUCUACACAAUGUGGCGUUGGCAGCCCAAAGAUUGCAACUUGCCCAGAUUUGUUGCGGGGAAGAUGUUGGAAAAGCUGCGAAAUAGGCGGGUUGUAUUUGUUGGUGACUCAAUUGGAAGGAACCAAUGGGAGUCCCUCCUCUGCAUGCUCUCCUCUGCUGUUCCUAACAAGACUUCUAUCUAUGAGGUGAAUGGGAACCCAAUUACAAAGCACUCGGGCUUCUUGGUGUUCAAAUUUGUUGACUUCAACUGCACUGUUGAAUACUACAGAUCUCCAUUUCUAGUAGUUCAGGGUCGGGCUCCUGCUGGUUCUCCAAAAAAGGUGAAGGUAACUCUGAAAGUGGAUAAAAUUGACUGGAUUUCUAACAAGUGGAGAGAUGCAGAUGUGCUGAUUUUGAAUGCUGGGCAUUGGUGGAAUUAUGGGAAGACUAUAAGAGAGGGUUGUUACUUCCAAGAAGGUGAGGAGGUGAAGAUGAAUAUGAGUGUUGAAAGUGCAUACCGACGAUCGCUUGAGACUGUAAUGGAUUGGAUUAGUAGCCAAGUAAACAUGAGCAAGACUUAUGUCCUCUUCCGAACCUAUUCUACUGUGCAUUUCAGAGGCGGUGAUUGGAAUUCUGGUGGUGGUUGUCACUUAGAAACACUACCUGACUUUGGCUCACUUCCAGUUUCUGAUUCAGACAACCAUUUCAAAAUUCUCUAUGAUGUGUUAACAGAGCGCUCAAACAAGCCACAAGUAAUGAAAUUGGAUUUAUUGAAAGUAACAAACAUGACAUUAUGGAGAAAAGAUGGCCAUGCUUCUGUUUACUAUUUAGGGCCUGAGACUGGGCCAGCCUCCCUCAGCCGUCAAGACUGCAGCCAUUGGUGCCUGCCUGGUGUCCCUGAUUCAUGGAAUGAACUUCUUUAUGCACUUCUCCUCAAGAGGGAACCCUUUGGGAGACGAAAUUCUACAAAACCUUCUCAACCUCCAUCAUGACAGCUUCCUAAUUUACAUCAGCACAAUUAGAGGAACUCAACUUAUAAUGAUGUUACUGUUUGACAACCGGUGAAAUUAUUGAAUAUAAAGCUGAGUUGGGGAAAGCUCCAUUCUGGUCAGUUGAACAGGCACGUUUUGACUCAGCAUUUGGGAAAUGUUGUUGCAAACCAGUAAAUACAAUAUAUUCUUAUUUUUGAUAAGAUUUUUCCCUCUUUACUGAUGUAUUCUGUGACUGGUCAACAGAUGAUAUGCAUUAACUGUUGAGGAAUCAUGUCUGUCAUGUUGGGUGCUUUUUGAGGGAAUGCUUGGUGGCACAUUUUUGGUCUCUAGACACAUAGCUUGAACAGGAGGGUGCUAAAAUUUAGUGUCAGAAUGUGUUUAGGAGGCCUUCUUGAGGCAAACUUGAUAGUUGUGAAGAGAUAUACACACAUACAGGUUUUUGGUUUUUGGCAUAUGAUGUAAUUCUUCAGAAAGAACAGAAAAGAAAAAAAAAAGGUGUAAUGUUGCUGAUAUUUCUUACUUAAAUUUUGUAUUUAGAAAAAAUAUUGUAAUUUCAUUGCUAAUUGCUUCCCUGUUUGUAAUAUUAACACUAGAAAAUUCAGUUCUCAUUUCUAUCCGUUU